AUGGUCCGGCCGGGAGCGGUACUGCUGCUGCUUCUGGUGACUUCAGCGGCCGCGGUCCGGUACCGCUGGCUGGACCCGGUGUCCCUGCACGGUCCGGCUGUGCAGACCGUCUCAGCAGUCUCAGCAGUCGACUGCGGUCGCCGCUGUGACGCGCAGACCCCUCAGGAGUGUAGCGGCUUCAUGUACGGCCCAGAGGACGGCAUGUGCCGCCUGUUCUCUGGCGACUGCCGCGGUCCGGCUGUCAACAAGUCAAAACAGACUAGCAACCACUAUAUGGCUAGAAACCAAUGUCCAGGGACCAUGUCCAACCGCUGCGCCUGCCCGGCCGGCUUCAGCCGCUGUGCCGGCCGCUGUCUGAAGCGACUGGACCUGGCAGUCGCCUACACUGAAGCGGAGAGCCAGUGCAACGCGCUAGGCGCCCACCUGGCCGUGCCCCGCUCUGACGAGGAGAACCGAUGCGCCAUAAUUGCCGCUGGCGGCACCACUGUCUGGCUCGGCCUCACCGACGUCGUCACCGAGGGCCAGUUCGUCGGCGCCGACGGCUGCGGCACCGUGCCUUCCACCGGUCCCCUCUGGGGAACCGGACAACCCAACAACGCAAACGGAAACCAGCCUUACGUUGUCCUGGGGCUGAUGGAAGCUGGAGUGUGGUAUUCUGAGUGGAACGACUACUGGGGCGAUGAAUCAAUCAACCCUCUGUGUCAGCUAGCGGUCUGUUAUCGGCCCGACUGCCAGUGAAAGAAUCCCUUCAUUUCGGUGUUACCAGUCCGAGUGCCAGUGAAGGAAUUCCUUUAGCUGAUCUAUGAACUUUGACAGACUUCCAGUUACAAUUCCUUAUUUGGAUAUAAGUCGUUCUCAAUCAGCCCGCCUAUGGCAGCGAUAUUGAAUGUUUGUUGAUUUGAUUUCUCUUUGUUAUAUGAAAAUA